UCCCCUCCCUCCCUCUGCCUUUGGCCUCCCACUCUCCUCCCCCUCCCCACAUGCUCAUGAGCUGGACCCCGGAAGAGUGCAGGGGACAGGGAGAGCCCUCCGGUGACAGACAUGCCCUCUGUGCCAGGCUGGUGGAGAAGCCCAGCGGAGGGUCAGAGGAGCACCCCAAGUCUGGUCCGGGACCCAUCGUCACCCGCACGGCCUCGGGACCCGCCCUGGCCUUCUGGCAGGCAGUGCUGGCUGGGGAUGUGGGCUCCGUCUCCCGCAUCCUCGCGGACUCCAGUCUCGGCCUGGCUCCAGACUCAGUCUUUGAUACCAGCGACCCAGAGCGAUGGAGGGAUUUCCGCUUCAACAUCCGCGCUCUGAGACUCUGGUCUCUGACGUACGAAGAGGAGCUGACCACCCCACUGCAUGUGGCAGCCAGCCGUGGCCACACGGACAUCCUGCGGUUGCUGCUGAGGCGGCGGGCGAGGCCCGACUGUGCCCCCGGGGGCCGCACAGCCCUGCAUGAGGCCUGUGCUGCGGGUCACCCUGCCUGUGUCCACGUGCUGCUGGUGGCAGGAGCCGACCCCAACAUCCCUGACCAGGAUGGGAAACGCCCCCUGCAUCUCUGCCGGGGGGCUGGCACCCUGGAGUGUGCGGAGCUGCUCCUGAGGUUUGGGGCAAAAGCAGACGGUCGGUCCGAGGAGGAAGAGGAGACCCCUUUACAUGUGGCUGCCCGGCUCGGCCAUGUCGAGCUGGCGGAGCUGCUUCUCAGGCGGGGGGCUUGCCCCAACGCCCGUGAUGCUGAAGGCUGGACCCCACUGCUGGCCGCCUGUGACACCCGCUGCCAGUCCCCUGCUGACGCCGAGGCCACCACCGCCCGCUGCCUCCAGCUGUGUCGCUUGCUGCUCUCGGCUGGAGCAGACCCUGAUGCCGCCGACGGGGACAAACGGCGGCCCCUACACCUGGCCUGUCGCCGUGGCCACGUGGCCGUGGUGGAGCUGCUCCUGUCCUGCGGUGUCAGCACCAAUGCCAUGGACUACGGGGGGCACACGGCCCUGCACUGUGCUCUGCAGGGCCCCGCUGCGACCCUGGCCCAGAGCCCGGAGCACACGGUGCGGGCCCUGCUCAACCACGGAGCUGUCCGCGUCUGGCCGGGGGCCCUCCCCAAGGUGCUGGAGCGCUGGUGCACGUGCCCUCGGACCAUCGAGGUCCUAAUGAACACCUACACUGUCGUGCAGCUGCCUGAGGAGGCCGUCGGCCUGAUCCCUCCUGAAACUCUGCAGAAGCACCAGCGUUUCUACUCCUCCCUCUUUGCCCUGGUGAGGCAGCCCCGGUCGCUGCAGCAUCUGAGUCGCUGUGCUCUGCGUGCUCACCUGGAGGGCUACCUGCCUCACGCCCUGCCCCGCCUGCCCCUGCCGCCCCGCCUGCUCCGCUACCUGGAGCUGGAUUUCGAGGACGUACUCUACUAGAUAGCUACUGGCUGGGGACAGAGGCUCCAAGUGGAUGCCCAAGCCGGCGGAGGACUCAGGCCAAGCAGGCAGAUGUGGAGGCUGAUCCCCACGAGACAGGACAGACCCUGGCCCAUCUGAUAGGCGAGAACUAAGACUGUGGCAAGCCCCGAUGACGGGCAAACCGUGUAUGCGCAGUAAAAGCCUCCGGACUGUUCCUCUGGGCUGGUUCUUGGCAGGAGUCAGGACUGGCAGGCAUACAGAGGUCCCGUAUCUGCCCCCCAGGGCCAGCUGCAUCCCCUUCCCCCAUUGCCAUCUACCGGCUGUUGAAAGAUCCCAGGGUGACU